AUGGAACUCAGCGAGGAGUCUAUUCACGACGUCAUUCAUCCAACCGCUGCAUUUGGUACGCAAAAGCCGUCGCGUGCUCAAAGACAGAAUGUCGAGGAAGAUCCACCAAGCUGGGAGAGUUCCUUGCUCAACCCCAAGAACCGCAUCGACAGUUUGGAGAUUCCAGACAGCCCGCUCUGGGCUAUCGACGGAUGCACUGCCUAUGGCGCCCAGCUGUACGCCACACCUCUGUUCUUCAAGUCAAUGCCACCCUUGCGAAUGGAUGUUUACAUCCCCGAGCCCACAAAAUUACCAUUAGCAGUUCGCGAAGUUCUCGAGGUCGACAUGUUCUUCCAUACAAGAGACAAGCAUCGAAUUUCUUGUCUUGGUUUAACAAGGCACAUUGUGAGAAUUUUACAUUUCUGGGCGAAGCAGAUGGAUGACCCCAGAGAGAUCUACCACAACAUGCCGUUCGGUUCCCGAAUCCUGUUGCGCAACCUGCCUAUGAACAUAGCAGACGCCGUUGUUAUGACAGUCCCUGCUCACCAUCUGGAAGCUCAGCUACACACCUUGCCAUCUCUGCAGCAAUGUUGGGCCGCAGAGGUCAAGGACUACCCGCCCACGUUGGAUCUGGGUGAGCUAACAUAUAUCUGCCAGAUUCAUGACAGCGUCUCCCUCGUCAUGAUCAACAACAAACUGUGGAUCUUCAAGGCUCUCACGAGCGAUUCGAAAUAUUUGUAUCACGAACUGCGGAAGCUGCUCACGAUGCCGGCCCACCCGAAUGUUAUGUCGCGUCCAGCGCAUCUCAUCACCAAGAAGUGCAGCUUCGGAGAGAAGACAGUUGUGCUAGGGUUUACCCUCGAGUACCACGUACAUGGCAGCCUGCGUGACCUGAUCCCGUUUCUCCAUUUGCACGGACGCGUGUCCCUCCAGCAACAGACAAAAUGGUCAGUGCAGCUUGCUUCUGCGUUGGUUCAUCUGCGAACAGUACCCGGCAUGUUCUAUCCGGACCUGAGGCUGGACAACAUUGUACUUUCAGCGUCGGACAAUAUUGUCAUGGUGGAUUUUGAACAAAGAGGUGUAUGGUGCGAGUUCGCAGCUCCCGAAAUCAACGCUAUUGAGUACGUUCGAAUGAUUGCGGUGGACAUAGAGAUAUCGCCUGCAAUCUCUGACAAGUAUUCGAAAACUCUUGAGGCAAUGGUGCCUGACUGGGAGUUUAUGAAGGAAGGAGAGGAUUACAUCUGGCCCAACGCUGGCUAUAACAUUGCGUGGAGUGCCCUCACACCUACGGAGCAGGAGGCCUGUGAAGUUUACAUGCUAGGGCGUGUUCUAUGGUGUAUCUUCGAGGGCACGAGUGCUCCCCAGCGGGCUGCUGUCUGGCUUUCCUAUCGAUUUGAGCCGGUAGUCGAGUUUCCUGGAUUUACAAGUACACCUGAGCCAAUUCGGGACCUUAUCAAGCGAUGCACGAGCGGGGCUCAGCCCGGUUUGAGCAGCCUCAUUGUCCGAGAAGGCAACCAGCUUGUACUACGGCGCCUCGAGCACACCGGCCUCUCUACCCCUGAGCAAGUGCAAGAAGCUGCCAAGCAAUUCUGGUCUCGAGAUGUCGAGGCGUCUGGACAUUGGCUCGCCGCGCGAGCAGAAGGCAUCGCCAAAGGCGACUGGAAUGAAAACCAUUACAAUCGUCCAACGCUGAAAGCUGUGCUCGCGGAAUUGGAGGCAUACGCCAGAACACUGGCAGCUGGCGGGUCUUGA